AUGGCUGAAAACGAAGAGCCUCAGCCUGCCGCGUAUUUGGUCUUUCGGAGACUGGCUCAACCUGACUCCGACAGGCCAAUCGAACGCUGUAUCGGCAUCUACGCCAAUGAUGAAUUCGAUGUCGGCCGUGAAGAUGUGUCCAGAGCACUGGAACUGGAGGACCGUUCAGUAUCAAACCACCACUUUCGCAUCCGCUGCGUUGUGUAUGACGAUGAUGGAGAAGGACGAGUAGCUCCAAUGGUGUAUGCUCGGGUUCUGUCCUCUCAUGCCGUCAUCUUCAGACGCCAUGGUCUUGACGAUGAAGGAGGAUGGCUUGAUCUUACGAAGAAAUGCGGCGACAUGCUUCUGAAUUCGGGAGACUCUCUACAGCUGACACGCCAAGUUUCCGUGGUAUUUCGGAUGGGAAAGGAUACCUACAAACCACCACCGCUCGAUACGGUCCAGAAAGCUGAGGUCCAACGAUUCUCAGACCGUUACCAGAUGACACCUCGUGUACUGGGCAUGGGUGGGUACGCCGCUGUGUAUGUCGCUGUGAAGCGGCACACUGGGCGGCAAUUCGCUUGCAAAGUUCUUCGUGUCCCGACAAUCGAUGCUGACGAGCAGCCUGUUGGCUUCCGCGAGGAUCCUGAGUUGCAGAAGAUGCGAGAGAAGAUAGCCAGGGAGUAUACCGUGCUCAAGAAGCUUUCACAUCCUAACAUAAUCAUGUUGGAAAAGGUCUUCCGGACAACUCACAAUGUCUACAUCUUUCAAGAGCUUUUCACUGCGGGCGAUUUGCUCUCCUAUCUGGACAAGACUGGACCUUUACCCGAAGAACAGGCUGCAGUUAUCAUAAGACAACUACUGGAGGCGGUCAAGUAUUUGCAUGACAACCACGUCGUUCAUCGCGACAUCAAACCAGAGAACAUCCUCAUGACAUCCUGGCGCGUGGGUGCCCGAGUGGUCCUCACCGACUUCGGUCAGUCAAGAACGAUCGCCGACAUGGAGAAUGCCGCAAAAAGAUCAGGCGUUUUUCGCAUGUCGACGAUGAUCGGAACGCACGGCUAUACAGCUCCGUAAGCAUCGGGCACUCCUGACUUCACUGACGUUCCACUAAUCACCAUCCACAGGGAAGUGUACGCGCGCGUGAAGCGAGACUUGCAACAAGGGAGUGGGUAUACCCAAGCAGUCGACAUAUGGGCGAUUGGCUGUGUGACCGCAACUUGCCUCACUAACGAGACAAUCUUACCCGACGCCGUCGAUCUUAAGACCACCGAAAUGACACAGCUUGUGCAGUAUCUCGACGUGCUUGAUUAUGGCAGGCACUGGGACAAGGUUGGCUACAGAGCCAAGGACUUCAUCCGAGGAUGUCUUGCUCCAGACGAGAGCAACAGACUGACAGCUUCCGCAUGCCUCGAGAUGGAGUGGUUUCGGCAUCCCUACUACAGCGCGGAUUUCGACGCGGCCUACAAGCGAGCCAUACAAGACUGGGAGCCAAAGAAGUAUGACGAAGACAUCAUCGAACUCAUCGAUACGAGUGGCAUUGUUGACGAGCAGCCACCGCCUGAAGAACAAGUCUCUCAUCACUUUGUUGUGAAGCCUCCUGUUCGGGUUCGGCCAGCCAGCACGGACUUCGACAGGACGAUUGGGGGCUUCAGGCCAUCUGAACUUCACGCAAGCCCUAUCGAAGUCCCACGCACACCUCCAUCCAAGCGUAAAGACCCUCCGUCGACUGUCCGCGCUCCAGCGUACCAUCGUCCUCCAGACACCGUCACGCAGACGCAAUCACAGUCACAGUCGCAGAGCGUCCUACUGGAUGACUUCCUUCCGCCACCACCAUCUAGCGUCACUCUUGAUCAGAACCUCGCACUGGCGUCGGAGAACUCGCUCAGAAACGGCGGCACAGGCAUGAAGCGUCGUGUAUCCAACCUGCGGCCACCCGCUUAUCGUCCGCGCGGGCAGGUCUACCGCUGA